GCCUCCUGGGUCUGGAGUUUUAAACUGACAACUGUUAUCUUGGAAAUUGUCGCAGAGGAACUUCGGAGUAGCGAGCUGGACAGAAAUGACCGAUUUUCCAAAGUAACGCGAUAGUAACGAUUUGUCCUUCAGGGCAGGAAGUUACUUGGGCGUGUUUGGAGUUUGUUUACUCGGACGCAGAAAAGUUCACGUCGCAGUGAAGUGUCGGACUUCAGGAGGUGAAAUCACUUUAGAACUUUGACAAAGUUUGUUAAGAUGGAUUGCGUGCAGGAUUGCAAGCCCGUAAAGUAAAGUUGGGAGCUUUAUAACAGGACAUUGCACUUUUUACCACUUAUAUUGUUACAUAAACAACUUUAUCACCUGGGCGUUAUGUCAGCAUCAACAACAGAAGCCAGCUCUUCCCCGCAGCGGGUCCAACACAGCGGCUCCCCUCCAGCAGCCUCAUGCCCCGCCUGCAGCAGCAACACCACCGCGGUCCGGUUACAUCCUAUCCGCGCCACGGUGCCGUACCAGCUUCUGCGUGGAAACCAGCACAGCCCAACCCGCUCCGUUUCCUCCUCCUUCUCAGCAGCCGGGAGCAACUCAGGACCGACGACGUCCCGUUGCUCCAGUCCCGCCAACCCGGGUGGAAGCGGCUCGGACGGCAGGCUGGUCCCCAGGCAGAGACUCUCACCGCCGGACAGCAGGAGCACACCUGAACCGUCUGCGUACUCACCUCCUUCCAAAGCUGAAAGGGCAAAAUCCCAGCAGGUGCGCAGCUCGGGGGCUAUUUGGCGGACUUCCUCCCUGGGCACCAUCACUGGGCCCUACCUCACCGGGCAGUGGCCUCGUGACCUCCAUGUGCACUAUCCAUCUUGUAUGAAAGAUAAGUCCACACAGACUCCUGGAUGUUGGAGUGACGAAGCAGAAGAGAAGAGGAGCACCCACCACCGCUCUGCGUCCUGGGGCAGUGCCGAUCAGCUCAAAGAGCAGAUUGCAAAGCUCCGGCAGCAGCUCCAACGAAGUAAACAAGGGGGACGCCACAGUAAGGACAAGGACAGACUGUCCCCCCUGCAGUACAACCCCAUCACCUACAACGGCCUAACAAGCACCACCAACCACACUUCCAUAGCUAGCCACGCCCAGCAGUUUUCCAUGUCGAAGUCGGCUCAGAUGCCGCUGUCCAACAUCACGGUGCCAAAGCCCUCCAUCUCCAGGGUGCCCAGCAGCAUGGAGGGCAUCAACCACGAGUUGGAGAAGGUCUUCAUCAAAGACAACGGAGAGAAGGAGGAGCUGAAGUCUCUGGAGGUUCCCGAUGGGCGGAGGGCACCCUUCCCUCCCCAGCAGCGCAGCAGCAGCACCCGCAGCGUGGACACCCAGACCCCCUCUGCCCCCGGCCGGUCCAGCAGCUGCUCAAGCCUGUCUCCCUGCCCGUCACCUGCCUGCCCCCCUGGAUCACAUGAUGGCAGUCCCUACUCCACAGAGGAUCUCCUGUAUGACCGGGAUAAAGACAGUGGAAGCAGCUCACCUCUGCCCAAGUUCGCCUCCUCGCCCAAACCAAACAACAGCUACAUGUUCAAGCGAGAGCCGCCGGAGGGCUGCGAGAAGAUUAAAGCUUUUGAUGAGCAGAGCUCCAGGCAGUCAGCAUCAGCCUCAGUCCCGCUCUUCUCCUGCCCCGACAAAAACAAGGUCAACUUCAUCCCGACAGGCUCGGCGUUCUGCCCCGUCAAACUCCCCGGCUCCCUGCACCUCAACCCUGCCUCUCAGCCCGAGGAGGACGAGGACAACACGGAGCCGCAGGGGGCCACGUACGGCGGCCCCACUCAGGUCUCCACGAGCACCAGCACAGAUGACCCCCCGGAGGAGCCCGGCUCGCCCUCAGAGACCUCAGACCCCCCCACAGACAGCCCAGCCAUCAGCUAGACCUGAGCAGAGCUGGCCUCUUGCUCUGGAAUCCACCGAGCAUCACCACUGACUGUCCCACCAACACCUCCCUCUGCUACGCCAGGGGGGGGGCUCUGUCUCUCUGUGCUGACCCCCUCCACCCCCCUCUAUCUCUGCAUGACGUAGCAACAAUGUCCCAAUAUCCACCACCGCCGCCACAAAGACUUGCCACCUCAAUGUUUGUCCUGCGUUUGUUGUUGGCAGGGGAGGACCUGAUGGUUACGUGCAGGCACCCGAGGGAAGAACGGAGCACUAUGGAUGGGGGGAGGGGCAUGCAUUUUAAACUGGUAGUAUAUUUCUGAUUAAAUUAUGUGUUAUUGUGUUCAGUUUCAACAUUCACAGUAUGAAUAAGCUCUCUAAACAUAUAUAUACACAUAUAUAUCUCUAUGAAAAGAAAGAAAAGUGCUUGUUUUAAAAGAAGAAAAUCCAAAACUGUGUAUUGCUGUGUGACGUAGUGAAAAGGAGGAACAGCUGUACUCUUCAGGAUUCUGUUUACACGAUCCAGGUCUCAUUGUUAAACCCUCUACAGAGAGAAUAAUUGGGCAAAGAGAAAAAAAAAAAGAGAAAAUGGCCAUAAAUUGGUUGCACAGCGUCUGCAUCUGGCCUCGCUUCAGGUAUUUCACAAUCAGAGUGUGUACUCAGGUAAUUUGGAAUGUAUGUCCAUACAAAGAUCUGCAGCUCGACAAGGCAGAACAGAGUUCAUUUCUUCCUGGUUUCUCAUUCCCUGACGAAUCAUUCCUUUUUGUUCCAGUCUGAGAGCAGACUGUGAGAGUGACGCUGCAGAGGUCGAAGGCUUGAUGUUAGGAUACAGAACGGACCACACACACUGUGACUGACAGUGUGUGAGUGAGUGUGUGUGCGUGUGAGUGUUGAUGGCAGCAUGCAGACAGAGACUAGCAUGACGUGCAGUGGUUGUUGGGUUUUUAAGCCUGAAGACGAUGUGUGUGGUUGUUGAUAGAGGACCAGAAGUGGACGAGUCUGCAGAACCGUCACAUGAAGAAACUAUCAAACUGAAGUGUUUGGUUCUUUGCAGGUGCAGGCUGGAGGUGAUGGUGUACAAACAUUUAACUGAGCUAGAAACAAUCAAUCAAAAGCUAAACUUCAGUUUUCUAAGCCAAAGAAGCACUUUCAUCGUGAAACUGAAAAGGGUACUCUCAUGUUUUUAAACCUGGGCUCCAUUUUUAACAUAUUUUGGGGUCAAAGUGACUCAAAGGUACAAAAGUUUUGGAAAUGAUCCUGGAAAAUUUUCUGUAAGACAAUCGAUAAUGACUGCUAUGUGAUCCUUUAUGCAAGAGCACCAGAUCAAAGUUUGUCCCUUCAAAGUUCCUGGUACAGACUCAGCUUGUUGCUGUGAAUGAUCUCGACAGGUGGAGAACUUAUUUAGUAACAUAAGACAUCUGUCUUUAUUGAACUCAUUGUGUCUGUUAUCUCUACCUCUUCUGGUUUCAGUGACUUUGUAGAGAUAAGCAGCUUAGAGAUGCUGUCUUCAGUUCUGCUGUCGUUAUCUGGAUUGCAGGACAGGAUGUUGCUCCACUUUUCCCUCUCAGAGAUGGUUGGGGUCCAGUAGCUCCUCAGGCUGCUCUCACAUCUGUGCCCACUAACUGUCAUUAUUUCCCCACUCCCAAGACCAGCCUGAGACCACACUGACGUUUUUACCACAGUGUCAACAGGCAGAGGGGGAAUGUGACUAACUUCUUUCUGAGGAUUUAUUUGAUAUGACGUAUGUGAUCAGGUUGCCUCUGGUGUCGCCUUUGCUGUUGAAAAUGUAUCACCAUUGGUGGUAUUGGGGUUUGAGCAAUCAGAAUUGAGUAUUUCAAACAGCUGGGUGUUUAGCUUUUAUCAUCACAUGUCACAGCUUUUAGAGCCUUAUCUGCUCAGGCACCUGACAUGUGAUUAGCUGAUCUACAGCUGGCUUCUCCACUGUGUUUGUGUUAAUUACAUCCGUGUUGUAAAUAGUUGUCUCAAAACCAACUCAAUAUAAGGAUGACGUAAAGUACAACAUAUAUUAAUUGCACUAUCCAUAACGUCAUCUAUUUUCAAAUCUACCAGCUACAGCAGUCAUUUGGAGUCAUUUUAAAACUGUUGUUCCUUUCACUCACGUGUUCCCCAAAGUGUGUAAAAAUGAUGCCCAGGAAGAGAAGUAAAGAAAUCCUUCUUCACACUGACUCCAUGAAGAAUAGAACCUGAGGGAGGGUGGAUGUGGAUGUGGAUUGUGAGUUUUCAGCUUGUUUUUGCUGCUCUGAGGUUGCCUCUAAAAAUCUAAGAAUCUAGCUUUGAAUCUGACAAAGAAAAAUAGAACUCAUUAUAAGAGAUGAGUUAGCAUAGACAUGUGUUGGUAAGAACUUGGUGGUACAUUAAGUUUUUGACUGCCAGCAAUUUUUGAUUACAUUUGCAAAACGUAAUUUAAAUCUCUUGAAGUUGGAGAUGUAAUCUACGGAAGAGGAUAAAGGGCCACUGAAAAAAAAAAAAUGAAGGUCCAAUAUAUUUGUAUUAUUAUUAUUAUUAUUAUGACAACUUUAAACUCAGAAUUUCCAAAUUCUGAAUAUUUUCUCAGAAUAAUAAUAAUAACAAAAAAAAUAUAUUGGACCUUAUUAUUAUUUAUUUUUUCCCGUGGCCCUAAUCCUCUUCUGUAUGUAAUCAGACAACAAGGGGUUAAAAAACAACACAAAUUGAGCAAACACUGCUGUAUUUGCAUGUGCAACCUCUGCAGGUACUCUGUUGGUUAAAAAUUAAAACGUCUCAAGACACCAAAACUCCAUAUUUUAUAAUUAAACUCUUUCUCCUGUUUUUAACAUUUUGCAUAAUUUUAUAUUUUCAUUCACUUUAAAGUUCUGAGGUUCAUCAAAGCUCAAAUGAGUUCUGGCUAAUCAUAAUGAAUGUACAACCUUAGACUCCAGCCUGCACGUCCGAACUCAGUUGUGAUAAUCCAAAUCGUCACUAUUCCAUGAAAUGCAUUCCAUGAGAUUUUAGUAUCCCAGACAUAAAUAGACUCGCGAUGCUUCAUUCCUAAAAUAUCUCUCAGCCUUUUGAUUCCAGACGAGCUGCAGCGGAGAGACGUUUGCUUACAGCGCCUUCAUGUGUUUGAUGCACAGAUAAAAGGACCGCACCGGCCUGCCUCCCUCUCACUGUCUGUUAUUCCUCAGUGUCGUAGGCGCCCUGACGCUACCAGACAUCUCGUGUGCUCUGUGCUGAACACCGUCCUCUAGGCUGUGAAAUGAGCAUCACCCCGCCCAGGUGUAAAUGAUCCACAACUUUCAUUUGCAAGAGUGAAAUAUAACCACGUUUAUUUUGGUAUCUGGUGUGCUUGUGGACUCCCUGCAUUGACGCUCAUUCAUGUUUUGUAUAUAUGUGGCUUUUAAAGAGGCUCAAUGCAAUGUUGUGGUUUCUUGAGACAUUUCAGCACCUUACCAAGAGCUAUGGCUUUCCCAAUGUCCCACAUAUACUCGGCAUUGGUAAACUAGAUGUGUGCAAUAAUAGGAUAAAAAAAGGUGUUGUCCUCCCGGAUGUUGUCCGUUCUUUGACACAAGCGUCUCAUCCUGCAUUACUUUGGUUUUGAGCAUGGCGGCUGGAUCAGCAAGCAGUUUGUUGCUAAAGCCAUCAAUCGAUCCAAAACCAGCACUGAGAGCGAGCAGAGCACAUCACAUGCAGGUCCGAGUGUUCAUCGACUCACCACAUGAUACUCCCUGUGUAACCUGCAGUGUCAAAGUUCAUGCACAAUGGCAAUAAAAAAAACUAUUGGUUGUUUUGUCCA